AUAAGAAAAUUUGCGUUAUCUCUAAUCAACUGUUUUGGUAUCUUUGUAUAAGUUUGACAUAAGUAAAAACUGUCUAUGUCAUGAUGUCGCCCCAUACUAAAGUAUUUUCUUACUGCUUCUUGUUUUUCACAGGCAAUGUCAUCAAAUAUAAAUAUGGAAUUUGGUUUAGCUUCUUCAGGAGGGAUGACAUCAUUGUUAUUAGAAAAUGUAAAAAAACCCAUAUUCUUAAUUGGGUGAAUUGCUUCACCUAAAAACUUGUACUUUGGUUGAUUUAAAGAUUUAGAAUAUAAGUAUAUAUUUUCAAAUUUUAAUCCGUUCGGAUGUAGCAAUAAGCUCAUCAUUACAUUGGUUUUUCCACAGUUUGAGGGUCCUGUAAUUAAACCUCUAAUACUGUUCGGAAGUAGUUCGCUGUGUUUUUUCUUGAUCUCUUUUAUUUUAGAGAGAUCUGCAUUUUCUACAGGUAAUUGACAUGCUUGUUUAACAAAACGCAUUAUGUCGUAAACUAAACAAUUUUUUCUAUAAAAAUUAAAUAUAUAUCAAGAAAAUAUCAUACUUAUACGGGUUUCUCUUACGUAAACAUAUUUAAAAAUGAUCGACUAUUCAAAGAAAUUCAAAGUUCUGCAAAAUAUAAGAAAAGGUGGAGGCUUAUUAAACUCAUUAAUUGACAAGCUUCCACUCGAACUACAUCUUCCUGGCUAUCAGUUCUGUGGUCCAGGAACAAAUCUUAAGGAACGUUUAGCUCGUGGAGAUUCUGGAAUUAAUUCUCUUGAUCAAGCAUGUAAAGAGCAUGACAUUUCUUAUUCUAAGUUUAAGAAUACAUCUGAUCGACACAUAGCUGAUAAAAUAUUAGCUGAAAAAGCCUGGCAACGUGUUAAAUCAAAAGACGCAAGUAUAGCAGAGCGAGCAAGUGCUCUACUAGUUACUAACCUCAUCAAGGCAAAAGUUAAAUUUGGGAUGGGGUGUUCGAAUUCAAAAAUUAAAACAACUAAGCGAAAAAAAAGCAAUAUGAAAUCUAAGAAAUUGUCAUUUAAAAAACUGGUCAAAUUGAUUGAUGAUAAACUUAAGAAGCGAACAAAAUCUGUAUGUCUAGAAAAAACGAUCAAAUCUGCAAUCACGAGUGCUAAGAAAAACAUUGGCAAAAACAACAAUAUUAAAAUACCAAGAAUUAUACCAGUACCAAAAAUUGGAGGAGCUAUCCCCUUUCUUAUCCCCCUUUUCGCAGGGCUUUCAGCUCUUGGAGCACUAACGGGUGGAGCUGCCGGUGUAGCUAAAGCAGUGAAUGAAAUAAGCAUUGCUAAAAAAGACCUCGAAGAAAAACAACGUCACAAUCUUAAAAUGGAAUCAAUUGCCGUUGGACACGGCUUACAUCUUAAACCUUAUAAAAAUGGAUUUGGACUUUAUUUGCAGCCCCAAACAAAAAACUUCUAAGUUCACUACCCAAUCGUGCAUUGAAUGAAAUAGAUUUAACAAAUUUCUGCACUAAAUUUAUUCCAAAUUUUCGAGGCGUGUUUAUGCGGGACAACUUACCAAAAAGUAGCCCCAAGAAAAAUGAGUGCGGAAUUGUUAAUCUUGAUUCUUCCAAUGGUUCUGGAACACAUUGGGUAGCGUAUUAUAAAAAAGGCAAGCGGAUAGAAUAUUUUGAUAGCUUUGGAAAUCUUCAACCACCUGUUGAAGUCUUAAAUUAUUUAGGUGAAAGCAUCAGCUACAAUUAUACUCAAUAUCAAAGUUAUGGUUCCUAUAAUUGUGGACAUUUAUGCGUGAAAUUUUUACUUAAUUGUUAUUUAAAUAAAUAAAGAGACUUAAGUUCAAAUAAUUUCAUUGUUUUUUUUACCAUCAUGUCGAUAACACUUACAAUAAGCGGAACAUCUUCUGUCCUCACUGUCGAAUAUUUUCCACCUAUAUACUUAGAUGAAGACUAUGUUUGUGGUUUGAUUGACUUUCACUCGUAUAAUUCUAUACCUAAUAUUGAUGAACAUAACAACUUAUUUCAUACAGGGGAACAUGAAAUCGAAAUCCCCGUAGGAACAUAUGAAAUAGAAGAUAUUCAAGAUUAUAUUUCCAGAGAGUUAUUAAACCGAAAUUCUGUUACAGAAGUUACUUUAACUGCAAAUAGUAACACAAUGAAGUGUGAAAUCUAUUCAAACGAAAAAAUAUUUUUCAACAAAGAAAGAAGUAUUGGAAAAUUAUUGGGUUUUGGUAAAACUAUUCUAUCUGGAGAUAAACUACAUGUAUCAGACAUACCUGUUGAUAUAUUCAAGGUUAAUGUUAUACGUA